AUGAGCGAGGCAGAGAGAGGGCGAGCGAGAGAGGCGCGGGCCAAGUUCUGCGCGCUCGACACGUCAGCCAGCCAAACGCACCUCGCCCAAGUCGAACACUCGCUCUCAAACUCGAGCACACGGAUGCCGUCGAGGCCAGCGACACGCGCAGACCCAACAGGGCACGCACUCAAGUUCACCACCUUCGCACCCGUCGGCUUCCUCAACGCAAAGAAUGUCGCCUCGUCGUUCGCAAAGCAAGACUCGCAAUCGUUCCUCGCCCGCCGCUUGCCCGACGCAGAACGCGACUCGGUCCGCGAGGCCAAGCGCAGGCGCUUGAUGGCCAGCGAGGAAGAGGUCGAGGCGGCUGCAGCGCGGACAGGGGGUGCGGGAGGCAGGGUCGAGGUCAACGUCCUCGCUUCGGCGCCGGAGGGUGCGGUGCGGAGGCGACCGGCGCGCGAGGGCGGCGCUACACAGGGCAGAGAGACCUCCCCCUCGUCCGCCUCCGACCCCCUCUCCCGCACGCUCGUCAUUCACCCCGGCUCGCGCUGGCUCCGCAUCGGUCGCGCAAACGACCUGACGCCCGUCGCCGUGCCGAACGUCAUUGCGCGCAAGUCGACGAGGGCGAUUCCAACUCCUGCGGAUGUCAAGGGCAAGGGUCGUGCGAUUGAGGCGGACGGUGCGGGUCCUGCGACGGCUGUCAACGGCUCGACGACGAUGAACAGCUCGACUGCACCUCCAUCGAUUAUGAACGCCCCCGCCCUUCCCGCCGUCGGCGCCCUACCGCCUCUGCCUGGCGCCGCCCAACCCGCCACGACCGAGGACACAGCCAUGCGCGACGGUGACCAAGACGACGACGCCGACUCGUGGGGCUCGGGCUCUGAAGACGGUCGCGGCACAUCGAAACCUCGUUCAAGCGAGCCCACCAACCCUCUCUCCGCCAAGAUCAGCUCGAUCCGAGCCGACUUGCGUGCGCGGAUGAGGGCGUACAAGUUGCGUGGACAGGGAAACGGGAACAGUCAGGCUGCGACGUUCAACGAGAGUGUUAGGCCGCAGGAGAUGGAGGAGGACUUUGAGGGCGAUAUCGAGUGGACGACGGCUGAGGCGCCUGUAUGGGUUGGCAACAAGGCCGUUCGCAUUCCGGAUCCUGCGGCGUCGGGCUACGAGCUCCGCUGGCCGUUCCUGCGGGGCAACUUCAACACGCAGGGAUAUACCACUCCGCAAGAGCUGCUCGGCGACAUCGAGACGAUCUACACGACUGCGAUCAAGGAAGAGCUGGGUAUCGAGCCGGAGGACCUGAAGGACUACGCCGUCAUCUUCCUCAUUCCCGACCUAUACGACGAGACCUACGUCCGCGAGAUGUCGGACCUCUUGCUCGGCUCGAUCGGCUUCAAGCAGCUCUGCCUCAUGCAAGAGAGCAUCUGCGCAACCUUCGGUGCGGGCGUCACCUCGGCGUGCGUGAUCGAUAUCGGCGCGAGGACGACCAAGAUCACCUGCGUCGAAGAAGGCCUAGUGCUGCCAGAGACUCGCAUGAUCCUCGACUUUGCCGGCGACGACAUCACGUCCUUUCUGCAUACGCUCCUGCAGCGCCUCAAUUUCCCGUACAAGGAGGCGGACUUGUCGAAGUGGUACGACUGGAUCGUCCUCGAGGACCUCAAGGAGCGCUCGGUCGUCCUAAGCGAGGCCGACAUCGGGCUCAACUUGUACGAUUUUUUCGUCCGCCACCCCGGCCUCUUGACGCAGAAGUACUCAAUGCGGAUGUACGACGACUGCAUUCUCGCUCCCUACGCCCUCUUCGCUCCCCGCGUCAUCGACUUCGAGCAGAAGCGCGUCGAGAUGCCUGCGCUGUGGAGCAAGGACGUCGACAAUUCCACCGAGAUCGGCGUUGUCGAAGAGACCGCAGCGAUGCGCAACUCGGUCAAGCAUCUUCUCGUCGCGGCGGAGUCAGCCGCAGCCGCUCCCGCAGCCGUCGCAGCUCUCAUCCCCCCAACUCCUGUCCUACCAGGCGUCGCCUCGACCGCUGCAUCGCCCGCGCCGAGUCAAGCCGGCACGCCUCUCCCCGACGACCCGAACGCGUUGACCUUCCCCUCCCUCCCUUCCGCACUUCCCGCUCUGCCCGGCCAAGCGGCACCUAGCGCUGCUCCUUCUUCCUUUGCCGGCUCCCCUGCGCCCGAGACUGGCGCCGCGACACCGAAAGCCGCAGCCGCCCCUCUCGCCUCCCCAGCCGUCCAGCCCGGCGCCGCUCCCACCGUCGACGUCCGCUACGAGUCGUCCAAGCUUCCGCUCGACGUAGCGAUCGUCGAGUCGAUCAUGGCCGCCGGACCGACCGAAGACCGUCUCAAAAAAGUCGCAGCCAACAUCCUCAUCGUCGGCGGGACAGGCGGAAUCCACAACAUCGGUUUCGCCGUCGAGUCUCGCAUCGGUCCUCAGCUCGCAGCGCGCGUACCGGCGCUCGGAGGAGGGCACGUCACGUAUGUCCCGUGUCCGAGGGAGAUCGAGCCGGAGAAUAUGGCGUGGAAGGGAAUCAGUGCGCUCGCUAAGCUCGAUGUCGCCAAUGACUUGUGGGUGCGCAAGGAGGAGUGGGAGAUGUUGGGCAUGCGGGCGGUGCGAGAGCGUAGCUUCUACUGGACGUGA